GGACACCUUGUCAUCAACGUCCUGAUAACAGAGGUAGAGGACCAUCCCGGUGUCCUGAACCGCAUAGCCAGCCUCUUUCGCAAACGCGCAUAUAACAUCGAGAGUCUCUCCGUCGGUCACUCGCACCGGCCGGGUAUUUCUCGCAUGACAAUUGUCGUGGCGGAAGAACACAAGGAUGCAAUACAGGUAGCAAAGCAGUUGGCUAAGUUGAUCGAGGUGAUCUCAGUUACCGACGUCACCGAGCAACGCCACGUAUCGCGCGAGAUGGUCCUUGCCAAAGUGGCCGCGCCGGAGAUGAAGCGCUCGGAGAUUUUGCAGCUCGCCAAUGUCUACCGCGCCCAAGUGGUGGAUGUGUCGCCGGGCAGCAUUAUUCUCGAAGUGACGGGUGACGAAGAUAAGAUCGACUCGUUCGUCGAGAUUAUUCGUCCCUAUGGAAUCUUAGAGUUGAGCCGCAGCGGCGAGGUCGCCAUGGUGCGGGGUCGUGCAAUGCCAACGCCCACGGUUGUGGCGGAAGAAGGACCGGCGGCUUAA